AUGGACGCCUCCUCCCUCCGCAUCUCCAAGUUCGAUGGAACUAACUUCCACGCCUGGAAGUUCAAGAUGCAGAUGGUGCUGGAGGAACGGGACCUAUGGGAGGUCGUCAGCGGUGAGAUCAAGGCGGAACAGUGCGAGACUCAGUUGGACCAAGCGACGUACAAGAGGAAGUCAAGAAAGGCGAUGGCAGUGAUCUGUCUAGCCAUGGAAGAUUCCCAGCUACCGUUGGUCCGGUCGGCAAGUGGUGCAUGCGACGCAUGGUCAAGGUUGGAAGACCACUUCGAGAAGAAGAGUCUUGCCAACAAGCUGUUCUUGCGCCGUCGCUUCUUCACGACAAUGAUGGAAGAAGGCGACGAUGUGCUCGAACACAUCAACAAGCUCAAGACGCUGGCGGAACAGCUAGAAGCGGUGGGGGCUCCAGUCUGCGAGGACGAUCUGGUGAUCACACUCCUCGGCAGCCUGAGUGACUCGUAUCAAUUCUUGAUCACAGCUUUGGAGUCGCGCUCAGACACUCUUAGCUGGGAGCUCGUGACGUCUCGACUGCUUCAUGAAGAAAUGAAGCGGAAGGAGCAAGGAAGUAAAGGUGAUGAAGCUUCGCAAGGUCAAGCGUUCAUCACAAGGGACAAUCAGCGCAAAGGGCGACCAGUGAAGAAGUCCUGGCCGUGCCACAAUUGCGGAAAGAUUGGUCACUGGAUGGCGGAGUGCCCCUCGCGCAUCCAAGAAAACACGGAGAGACACCGGCCAAAGCGUGCUCAAGACAGCGGCGACCGCUAUCGAUCACAACGUGCAAACGUCGCUCAAGAAGAAGACUCGGGCGACUACCUCUUUUCGAUCGGUGAAACGACAUCUGCGAAAUCGAGCGACAUCUGGCUGGUCGACUCCGGGGCGACGCAGCACAUGACGUGCUCCAAGAAGUUCAUGCGGAACUACAAGGGGUUUGACGCUGUGGAUGUCCAUCUCGCGGAUGAUGGAAUCGUCCAAGCAAUCGGCAGUGGGGACAUUGUCAUGUCGAUGAAGACACCCCAAGGGAUGAAGAAAGGUGUGCUCACAAACGAGUGGCACAUCCCAAAGUUAUCCAGAAACCUGUUCUCGGUCGGCCGCUUCACCAAGGAUGUCGGCCCAGUGACGUUCACGAAGGAUGGGUGCUAUGGAGAAGCGAAAGGGACCAAGUGGAAAAUUGGUGCCCGUGAAGGUAAAGGACUGUUCAAGCUGCAAAUGACUCCAGUGGCGCCGGAACAAGCAAAUGCAGCCAAGUCGUCGGGAUGUCAAGGGGGCACCAAGUCGUACCUCUGGCACCUUCGGCUUGGCCACAUAGGUCACGAUGGACUCAAUUGCAUCGUGACGAAGAACAUUGGAAUUGGCAUCGACAUAUCUUCGGUGAAGAAGUGGGACGUGUGUGAAGGUUGUGCUCUGGGAAAACAGACUCGAGUGCGCUUCCAAUCAAACACUACAGCUCGCACCUCCAAACUCCUCGAAGUGAUUCACAGCGACGUAUGUGGACCGAUGUCGAUGGCAACUUUCAGUGGAAAACGGUACUUCGUGACAUUCAUUGAUGACAAGUCAAGAUACUGUGUCGUCUAUCUGCUCAAGAGCAAAUCUGAAGUUGCGGCGAAGUUCACGGAAUACGCUGCGAUGGCCGAAACGCAACCGAAAGCUGAAGUACCUUCAAAGCGACAAUUGGGGUGA